AGUAGCACAUGAGCGACGCUGGUUAUCACUUAUCACUGGAUAGCUGCGUUUGCUCAAUAAACCGAAGUUCUGCUUACAAUGUAUACCUGACAAAGGGGCGGUUUUUUCUAUUUCUUAGGAAGUUCAAUUAAUAAUCCACAAAAAUGUUUAUUGUGGGACUUACGGGCGGAAUUGCUACUGGCAAAAGCACAGUCGCACAAAUAAUGAGAGAGCAUGGCAUACCUGUCAUCGAUGCUGACAUUGUCGCCCGAAAAGUUGUUGAACCAGGAAAGCCAGCGUGGCACAAAAUACGAAAGGAAUUUGGACCAGAAGUCUUUCUCGAAAAUGGAGAAUUGGAUCGAGGAAAAUUGGGGGAUGUCAUAUUCAAUGAUGUGGAGAAAAGAAAAAAAUUAAAUGGCAUUACUCACCCUCAUAUUUAUAGGGAAAUGGGCUGGCAAGCAUUUAGAUAUUUUCUGAAAGGAUAUCCCUUCAUUGUGAUGGAUUUGCCUCUACUUUUCGAAACUGGCCAUAUGCUUGGAUAUUUGCACAAAGUUAUCGUCGUCACCUGCGAAGAAGAUCUUCAGCUGCAGCGAUUGAUGGAACGAUCGGGUUGCACAGAAGCGAAAGCAAAAUUGCGAAUCGCCGCACAAAUGUCCCUGGACAAAAAGUCGGAUAUGGCAGAUUUCGUUAUCGAAAAUUCGAGCAGCGACCGUGACACUCGUGAGCAAACUAUUCGAGUUAUUAGCGUUCUAAAGAGUUAUCGGCAACACUGGAAGAUACGAAUUUUCGUAGGUUUUUGCUGCACAGUCCUGCUGGCUGGCGCCUAUUGGCUGAGAAACAAAUCUAUCAAAUCUCUGCCCGCAGUUGCAUAAAAUAGCUUCUCUUCUAUCUGAUUCAAUCUGACUGGUAUCGCGUUUUCGCAGAGCGCAACGUGUGUUUUUUGUUUUUUUUUCUCGACGUUGAACUUCGAGGAGAAAAAAAAAGAAGAUUCCAUUUCUUUACUAUAACUGUUUUUAUCACAAAAAUUAGGGACUUUCUCGAUUCCUAUUUUUUUUACAGCCUUUGCUAUCACUUUAAGAUAAAAGAUUUUUAUUUUUAAACAGAUUUAGCUCGUUUUUCAUCGUUUCACAGAUUUUAUGUGAAAUCAGGCAAUCUGGACUCUGGUGAUGUCACGGAAUUAUUUGGAAAUGGAAUAUAUUUUUUUUGUAAUGCAAAAUAUUAGACAUGUAUUAGAUAAUAAUUUUUCAAACUAAAAACGCGAAUUUUCAACAAAGUAGAUAAAUUU